CCGGAACCCGCAUUCCCCCGGCGCCCGCGCCGCGGGUUCGCUCAAGGCGCCCCCGUUUCCCCCGGAGCCGCCGCGGAGGCCCCCGAGGGGCGCGGGCGCUGCCGCCGAUGGCGGGGAAGAGGCCGCGGGACGCGGGCCGCCAGCGCCGGCUGCUGGGGCUGCUGGUGGCCGUGGCCGCCGCGCACCUGGCCGCCUGCCCCUACACCAAGGUGGAGGAGAGCUUCAGCCUGCAGGCGGCGCACGACCUGCUCUACCACCGGCUGGACCUGCAGCAGUACGACCACCUGGAGUUCCCAGGCGUGGUGCCCCGGACCUUCCUGGGGCCGCUGGUCCUCGCCGCGCUGUCCAGCCCCGCGGUGUGCGUGCUCUCUCUGCUGGGCUCGUCCAAGUUCUACUCUCAGCUGGCAGUCAGAGCCGUCCUUGGACUCGGGGUGAUGUUUGGACUCUGGACUUGGCAGAAGGAAGUGCGGCGGCACUUCGGGGCCACGGCGGCCUCCCUGUUCUGCUGGAUGACGGCCUCGCAGUUCCACCUGAUGUUCUACUGCACGCGGACGCUGCCCAACGUGCUGGCGCUGCCCGUGGUGCUGCUGGCCCUGGCGGCCUGGCUGCAGCAGCGCUGGGCACGCUUCAUCCGGCUCUCGGCGCUCGCCAUCCUGGUCUUCCGGGCCGAGCUGAGCCUGCUCCUGGGCCUCGUGCUGCUGCUGCUGCUCUGCACCCGGCGGCUGUCCGUGGCCAGGGCCCUGCGCCACGCCGUGCCCGCCGGCCUGCUCUGCCUCGGACUGACGGUGGCUGUGGACUCCUGGUUUUGGCGCUACCUCGUGUGGCCUGAAGGCACCGUGCUCUGGUACAACACCGUCCAGAACAAGAGCUCCAACUGGGGCACCUCCCCGCUGCUGUGGUACUUCUACUCGGCUCUGCCACGGGGCCUGGGCAGCAGCCUGCUGUUCGUGCCGCUGGGCCUCGUGGACAGGAGGGCCUGGGCGCUGCUCCUGCCGGCUCUGGGCUUCGUGGCCCUGUACUCGCUGCUCCCCCACAAGGAGCUGCGCUUCAUCAUCUACACCUUCCCCCUGCUGAACGCCGUGGCCGCCCGGGGCUGCGCCCGCCUGCUGAACAACGGCAGGAAGUCCUGGCUGCACCGCGCAGGCUCCCUCCUGGUGCUGGGGCACCUGGUGCUGAACGCCGCCCACUCGGCCACGGCCCUGUACGUGUCCCACUUCAACUACCCCGGCGGCCGGGCCAUGCAGCGGCUGCAUGAGCUGGUGCCGCCCCAGACAGACGUCGUCCUGCACAUCGACGUGGCUGCUGCCCAGACGGGUGUGUCCCGGUUCUUGGAGGUCAACGGCGGCUGGAGAUACGAGAAGAGGGAGGACGUGCAGCCCGGGUCGGAGCACAUGCUGGCCUACACGCACCUGCUCAUGGAGGCGGCCCCGGGGCACCUGGCCCUCUACCGGGACACACACCGGGUGCUGGCCAGCGUCGUGGGCACCACGGGGGUCAGUCUGAACCUGACCGCGCUGCCUCCCUUCAGCGUCAACCUGCAGACAAAGCUGGUGCUUCUGGAGAGACGGCGCGGGCCCUCCUGAGGGAACGCCCAGCGGCCGACAGGAACAGCACAGGCACAGCCUCACGUGCACCGUGCCUCCUACACGGGCCCGAAGCCACCCGCCACCCGCCACCCGAGGAGGGCCCCACGUGGGCCCUGCACACGGAGCGGUGGCCAAGCUGCUGGCUGCCCUGGAAGCCGCUUUGGGGCCUGGCACCUAACAGGAGCAGCCGGGGGAAGGUUGCGUGUCUGGCUGUGACGUCGGAGCCUCUGCACCUGCUGGAUGGAGUGCCCCCUUAAUCCCACCCUCCCAGGGACAGUUCCAUGCGAGGAUAUUUCAGACAUACACGUUCAAGGAGAAUGAGAAUUAAAGUUUGUACAUCUUCCUCUUAGCA